AUGAGCAUCAACGGUGAGUUUCUGCGCUCCGUUGAAGUGAGGGCAGAACGGCACGAUGAGAAAGAAGUGACGUUCCUGGUGGCACGACACAAACUCGCAUCUGGAGUCAUUGUGGGAUUGGUGGAGAAGGUAGGCUUAAAACGAAAAAAAUUUAAUUUUUGCGAUUAAGGGUACAGAAAUGACAUAUUAUAGUACAUAGUACAAGAAUAAAAACUCAACUACUAUUUUUAAGAAAUGACCUUUUACUUUAUCUCAAAAUAUUCCAUGCUUUUGUCCUAAUUUAGUCUAAAACAUGUCUGUUUGAUGACGUAACCAACGUCGGCCCCACUUUGUACCAAACUCUCUUCAAGUACGAUCCACAAUAGAGUCGCUCUUGUGGAUUGUACUUGACCGUUUAAGCUGCCGGUCGGAGCCGUGUAAACAUUGACUUGACCUUAUUGUGCUCCGAUCUCAGCACCUGGUCCAAUUAGCGCGAGACGCCUUUUCUUAGCGCACUUCCUGUGGCCAAGAGUCGUCUCAAUCGACAGGUGGAUAAGGUCUUUCAAACACAAAGUCUAUUACCGUAGUUGCGAUGCAGAUACGGGUUGUCUUAAAAGUUUCGAGACAGUUUGACUUACAAGUAUUUUUUAAUAUUUUAAAUUGAAAAAAAUAAUUUUAAAUAUAAUGUUGUCAAAACAUAGAUUCUUUUAAAUGUAGUCAAUUUUAAAUGUCUUUAAAUAUUGUAGUAGCAGCGUUUUAAACUUUGUCUUCUAGCGUCUUACCUGUCAAGCCAAAUCACAACCCUAGGAAGGGUAAUAUUGUAGUAGAAGCAUUGUCUGUCCAUGAUUUUCAAAUUAUUCCCUAAAGUUGCCACAUCCCGAGCAGUCAAUUGGCCUAGAGACUGUGGAUAUGUCUAUCAGUCCUAUGUCAACCAACCCUCGGAGACAUUCUCUGGAUUGGAAGCAACAAAGACGCAGGAUUCCUAGUUUAAUAUUAUCCAUGGUCUAGUGUAAUAUAAUACAAUAGAUGGGCUUGUGUAAUAUUUUCGAUGAGUCUAUAGUACGGUUAUGUAGCUAAUAUGUAACAUACGAGCGGUCCUGGAACCUGUAUUGAGGAUAACAUUACUGUAGGGGCUAUCAAUGGAAUAAGGUUGUAGGAUUACAGGUAGUGUUGACACAACAUCUCAUAGGCGGUGUGUCGGCAUAGCUUGCUAUUUGCAUAUUGUGGAUAUCGAUGACCACAAUACAUGACUUGUUUUAGGCAUGGAUAUAGGUGAAUGUUGGAUAAAUAUCUUGUACUAGCAACUGACUUUAUCUAUGUUUUUAGUCAGGCCUUUACCUUAUAGGAGCAGCAUUAAUACUAAAAAGUUUGAAAAUUUCAAUUCGAAAUCCUGCAAACACUGAAACUGUUAACACAAGAUGGCAAUUGUGAGUCAUAAUUCCCUCUCCACACACUUUAAUACCUUCCGGCGAUCUGUCAACGGCCCCACUAUCAAAAGAGGACUUGUCCUUGUACCGGAAGGACGUCUUCAAGCCCGAGCAAUCAUCUUUUCUGCCAACUCCUUCUCUAUGGCCGGAAGUAUGCCGCUUCAUCCCCCACAAACGGUGCGUCUUCAAUUUUCCGGCAUUGUCUCCGGUCUUCAUGCAGCCCCAUCUUCGUGCCCUGAGGGCCGCCGGCCGAGCACUUACUUACCUUGGCCACCAGGAACAUCACAAAGCAAACAUGUUCGGAGGGAUGCAACAUGCAAGGUUUACAGUAAUCGUCAAGAAUUUUUAAAAUUUUUCAAAUUAACAGGCUUUUCUGUAAACUUUUUGACCGAAAAAGCGUGUUAUUUAGUAUACAGUAACACUGUUUACUAUCAAAAAUAGCAAAAGUACAAAAUGUACCAAACAUCCUAAGCUACACCAAAAACAUCCAAGACUACUGUAACCACCGGAGCCACCUGUAACAUACGCAACACAAAGGACACGCUUUGUUUGUUGACUUAAUCAUUGCACAACAACACCUUCCUGAACUCGUUUGUUGGGAAAACUUGGAGGUCCGUGGGGUUGAGGAGGCGGAGAUGGUGGAUGUCCACCUGGCUUCACCACUUUUAUUACAGAACGGAAACCAGCAGGUUUAUGAUGUCGCUUUAUGUGGGACCUAAUUAGGUGCUAACGGCGGAUCAUAUUCAUAUUUUCAAGGUCGUUUUUGAAUUGUUGUAGGUAUUGGGGACACUGUGGGCUUUUGGUAUACUGUACUUUAAUUAAGUGUUGGAACAUCUAGAUUUUUAUUUAUUUUUAUGGUAUUUGAAAUUUUUUAGCAAAGAUAUUUUGUAAUUAAAAAAUAAUUUUUUUCAAUUUUUCAAAUUUAAACUUUAAUUUUAGCCUAUUUUUUAAAUUUUUUGUUUGUCUUUUCAAAAAUCGCUGGCUACGGUUUAAAACAAUUAUUUUGAAUCGUCGCAAAUUUGAUUUAAUCCUCAAUAAUCGGGCUUGUUUGACAUGGUCUUGGCACCGGAUUAACGUCAGCAGGUGUUUGAAUCUCGUCCGUAUUUCCGCAAUUACCGGUAAUUAGAUGUUGUGGCUCGAGAUCAAGCUCUAUAUCGACCAAUCAUUGAGUUUUAUUCCUUUGAGGUUAUACUCUUCUUUUAAAGGACCAAUAUUGGUCCUAAAGGCACCGAACUCAAUUCAAAAAUGUAUUUUAACUGCCAUUUUAUGUUAAUUUCCACGAAAUACAGAACGAGUGAUUAGCUGGCCUAAUUAAAAGGACCGCUGUCCCAGAUGGGCCUCGAAUUCAACACCUCUAACCUGGUCGAUAUCUAAUCCCGGGGUUUCCCUAUUAAAUGGCCAUUUUGUUUUCGACCGUUCAAGGGAUUCGUGGUGUUACGGCCUCAGGGGAUUCUCUCACUUAUCAGAGAGAAAGGUGGUGUUCGGAAGUCAGCUGAUAUUAUACGACUUUUUAUACUCUCCACAGUCUGAUUACGGUUCUAAUUUUGUAGCGGGUAAACAAAGCGGAGUUUGAACUGUUCUGAUUUGUAUUGUCUUGGUUAACUUUAGAUUGUUUACACUGAUUAUACUUUGCAAAACUUGUCUAGAAUUAUGUGAAAAACGUCAUUUUAUAAAUAUUUUAAUUUUUAAAAUUAAAAAAUUAUUUUAAUUCGUAGUGAUUUAAACUUUACUAAUACUGUAAUCACUUUCAGAACGGCUACAACGACCCGAACGCACUUCUUCUGUUAAGUUUGUUGCGUCCCACACAAAGCAAGACCAACGUAACACCCAACAUACGAAUACGACGAUUUGGGUCGACUGUAAGUGAUCUUCAAGUGCCUAUUAUUCUGGUCAUCUUCCCGUUGUUAUUAGGUUACUAUAGGCUCUACUUGAUGCCAUGUUUUCAUAAAUUAUCGUAUCUUAAUGUCAUGGUUUUUGCUAUAAGCUUUUGUCAUCAUAAGAUACCUAACGUCAUUUUUUUGUCAUUUGAGAUUACACACUAUAUUUUUUAAAAGUUUUUUACUAAUAUACUUAGUCUUCACAGUACCAGAUUGAUUCUGAAGGCAUUUUGCAGAACUGAAUGUAGUUUAUAUUACACUUGUGAUUUAUAUUAUUGACCUAUCUUCAGAUCUACAUUCAAACCAACCGCGAGAUCCGUGUGGACGAGCGACUGGCCUCGGAAACGUGCCUCGACUUCCGAGAAGAAGACUGCGUGGACAAAGUGCCAGACGAAUCCGAAGAGCCGUAAGUGUGAUUAGCUUGAUUUGGAGAACCAAAGGUUGAAACUCAUUCUGGGCGGGUUAUUAGCGACGACGAGUUUGAGGGAAGAAGCCCUUAAUGUGGUGGCAAUGUUAUUUUAGGGUGUCAUGGGGAAAUAUUGGUUUAUUUUGGUUUAGAAAGAUGGUAGAAAGUGAUGUUUAGACAAGUCUUUGGAAUUAGAAUUGAUAUAUUAAACUUGCGAAUCACGAUUUACAAUUUUUAACUUCAAAAAAAAUAUUGUGAAAAUUGCAAAAACUUGUACUUUAGUCUUAUUCCGAACACUUUUUACAAAUUUUGUUAUCAGAGUUGCGUUUGUAAAACCUGCAAAAUAACAUUUUACCCUGCCCGGCGUAGCUGGUCGGCUAAUUUUGUUUUUGCGAAGAUCCACGCGCUCCAGAAUCGAACCCGGAAUACGUUUAUCCGGCUUUCGCCCAGAAGAACAGCGUUCCGGGAUGCAUUCGGAGGGCGUAAUCAGUGCUUAUCAGGCCGGUCUUUAUCGACAACCUGUUCACGCCAUCCUCCUCAAUUACCAUCCCUGCCCCACUUCUUCUAAUUGAUCUCUUCCCCGCUACCUUCCUUUAUUUCCCCGAACGAAAGCGAAAACGGCAAUCAUUUAUUUCGUUUUCCUUUCGCUUGCGCCAUAAUUCAGAAGUGAGACGAUUAGGGUCGUCGCCGUCUUGUAGUAUAUUGUAUUGUCUCGGUGACUGCUUGAGUGGUAUGAUGGAUGCAAUUUACUAUGUGGUAUAUUUCGGGUAUUAUUUAGUAAAUUAUAGGUCAAAAAGUCUGUAGAAGAGUCUUUUGUAGGCAACUGAGUUUAGUUGGGCAUUGGAACUGAGACUAUAUUAAUAUUUUUCGUGUGAGAUGUCUAAUACCUUUUCAAUAUGUUUUAAUAGACAAGAGGUUGAAAAAUGGUUCGGUGCAAUAUUUUUCCUAUUUAUUUAUUAGAUAUUGUUUAAAAAAUUUAUUUUUCUCCAUAACUGCCCUCCGGCACUGUCUUUAAUAUGUCAUGCCAGCUCCUUGACGUUACUCAGGUAUGCAUGAUUAGUCGCUGAAGCCCUUGUCCGGUGCCGCUGUCCAAACAGAAACCGGAACCGGUUUAAUCGUCCGCGCGACCCAUUCCUUACUUGGUCCCACCUAAGGGGGUCGAGAAGAUCAUCCCUUUACUUUCACUCUCCAUUGUUUAGAGUGGCUGUUUUCGUCGUGAUGGAGUCCCUUUUUGCGGAUUCGAUGCCGUUGUUCACUUUCCCUCUUAACCGGCGGUCAGAAUCCGUGCUCCACUGACCCAGAUUACGCCAUCUCGACGAAAAAAUAAACUGUGAGAGCGACGAUGUCGCCGCCGGCACUGGGAGAGAUUCCGGCGAAUGAUGCGCGCGCGCCACCGCCCUGUUCAUGAGGUCAUCUCGUCGAGGAGAAAGUCCAUCCACAACGGUGAAAGUGAAGAUAGCCGGAGGGGAAGACACGUGCCUCAGGACCUUAGUUUAGAAAUUUCAUCUUUUUUAAUUUUGAUUACUUCCUUUCCUCUUAACUAUACCUACAGUUACAGCUUGGUAUGACAUACAGGAUGUAUUAAAGUUUAUAACUUAGUACAAGCUGAGUACUAACUCUUGAGUCAUCCUUAAGUAUUUUCAGUGCGAUAAUCAUUAACUUAUUCCAAUUAUGCCAGUUUAUAGUUAGUCUUUUAAUAACAAAAACAGUAUCUUACUGUGCUCAAUGUAGCCCGUAUUACAAAGAUUCCUUUUCCUAGUCCAACUCUUCUCCAAUACUUGUUUUGACGCUAGUAUAAAAUCUCCAGGAUCUUUGUUUGUUUUCCGCGCAACUCUUCUGGACACAGCCGACCUACUGACCCGUAACCCUUGAACCUCCCCAAAAUAGUCAUCGCGUUUAUGUUGCUUUCGUUCGUUUAUAGUAACAGUUCUUUUGUUUUCAUAAAAGUAAUUACCUUUUAUUAUAAACUCGUUACUUUUACAUGCCCUUACCCGCUACAAGUAUAAUAUGCAAAUUCUACCGUUGUAUUAAACUGUUUUAAAGUAUAUAAUAUAAUGUAAUUUCAGUUGCGACUCCUCGGAUCCUCAGCCAGAUUACGGUGUUGGAGAAGAGGACGAAGAAGAGGAAGAAGCCGAAGAAUCCGAGGACGAAGAAGCCUCGGCCGAACGACGACACCGUGAGAGCCAAGAAGCCGCUGCUGUCGUAGCUGCUGCCGCCGCCGCCGCUGCUACAGGUCAAUCGUUUGCUUCAUUUACACGAAGAACUGCCGACGAGGAAGACACUGAAGCUACAGAACUAGCUUCUUCAAGACCCGAGAAUCUAUCUCGGCCCAACUCUUGUAGCUCCAUCAACUCGAACCAACCUCACAAGUGUCCUGUGUGUCCGAAGGGAUUCUCAUCAGCUAGGUAUGCCAAUUUCUAGAUUUUUUGAAUUCAAAAAUUCAUUUUGCAUCUUGACCAUGUCAUAAAAUCUUAUUUUAGUGGCCUAAAACAGCACAGUCACAUUCACAGCAGCAGUAAACCGUUCCGUUGUAGCGUCUGCAACAAGGCUUACACUCAGUUCUCUAAUCUCUGUAGACAUCGAAAAGUUCACCUGGUAAGUACUACAACAACAAACUUUCAUAGUGCAUUAGACCAUUUAUUAUUCUAUAUAGCGAUUCCAUAUACUCAAUAUACAGUAUGCCUUAUACACUGCUUUGAAGCCUUUCUUAUCAUCCAUUACUUUUCAGGACGGAUUUACAUGUUCCGCGUGUAACCGCCAGUUCACGAACCCUUCGGCACUCCAGAAACAUCGUGUUCAGUGCGAGAAAUACCUGCGACAAAUGACAUCAACCUCCCUAUACAAGCCCUUCCACGUGGGCUCAGUCCCCCCUUUGGCGGCCCAAGCGGCUGGUCCAGCUUCGGCCCAUGCCAAUCCCCUCAACUGGGCCGCCCUCCAUCUGGCCCCGUACCCUCAGAUUCCGCAGCUUCUGCAGUUGAAUGCGGCACGGAACAGUCUGUUCAACCUUCCGCCUGCCUUCUUCGCAGCCACAGCUACUGGAAUUCAGUCAGCCCAGACUCCAAAUGAGAAUAUCAGUCCUGUGGAACAGACUUCUGAGAAUCUUCACGCCAGCUCCACUUCUCAACCUCAACCUGAAGAGACCACGGUGCCCAAGAAGUCGUCCAACACCAUAUUCAGUGCAGAAUCCUUGUUGUGUAAACCUCUCGCGCAGACCGUUAUCCAGAAGACACCUUCCUUCGGUGAAUUCCAACGUGAUAACGAUAGGAAAUUAGAAGAACACGAUGUAGCUGCGACAGAUUCUGACACCAUCGAUGACGAUGAAACGUCAUCACGGAGUGAAUCAGAGAAGAACGGCACGAUGGAGCCAAAGAUCGAGGAGACCAAGCCGUCUUUCAAUGACAUCGCUCCUCUUAUGAAUCCAUUUUCGUCGCAAGCCUUCCUCACCAUGCUCCGCAACACAAUGGCUGGUCCAGGAGCUCCAGGCCUAGUCCGCCCCAACCCUUAUCAGUUCCUACAAGCCCAGCAAAACAGUAGUUUUGCAGCAGCGAUGGCGGCGUCUAACUCAAACGGACUUCCAAAUCAUCCACAGAACGCACAACAGCCAGGUAUCGCUCCAAGGAUGUUGAACACGACAGCCAGGUCCAACAAGGAGAGGUACAUGUGCAAGUACUGCUCCAAGGUGUUCCCAAGAAGUGCCAAUCUGACGCGACACUUGAGAACACAUACUGGAGAACAGCCUUAUAAGGUAAGGGAUUGUUAACAAUGAAGUAACACUAACCUCGUAUUACGAGUAUUAUAGCACCACAACUGCACCUAAAAGGACAUUAAAUGCUAAAGAAGACAGUAAAAAACCUCAAAAAAUGAAACUAAUCUUUCUCUUUUCAGUGCACGUACUGUGAACGUUCCUUCUCCAUCAGUUCGAACCUGCAACGGCACGUUCGGAACAUUCACAACAAGGAGAAGCCCUUCAAGUGUUCUCAAUGUGACCGGUGCUUCGGACAACAGACCAACCUCGACCGACACAUUAAGAAGCAUGAGAUGCAACGAGAAAGUUCGUUGGAGUCAUCGCACAGCAACAAUAACUUGAGCUCCUCCAUGCCCUCAGGGUUUCUUCUGAAUUCGCUGAAGCAGAAAGAUUCGAUGCCACUUCAGUUCAACGUGUCCAACUUGUUCCAAGCCAAACCUUAG